AUACUGGGCUCCUGGAGAGUCAAAGCCCAAGAACUAAAGACGUAGCUAUAAAUGCUGUAAGUGGAGGAUGUAAUGGACGUGGUGUUGGAGAGGUGCGUCUGGAAGGGGGUUUCGGCAGUUCGCCCAGUAGGACUGUGUUCAUGUAUUCGGCAACGACGACACCCGGUGAACCAGGGGUGACACUACAAUUAAGAGAACCAGAGACCAGCCAAGAAAAAACGGAACUGAACUCGGUCCUUGCACGGAUUCAGCAAGAAGAAGCCGCUGCAGGUUCGCUCAGCCUGAGCUAUCACGAUCCUGAUAUCAUCACCGACGGCAGCAUCGAUGUCCUUCUUGGAGCAAACACCAUUUCCACAGGGGGUGGAGAUUCUGGUCCAAGCGGAUUCGAGAUUUUCGACUCCGAAAGUGGCCAAGAACUGACACUUUCCCCACAAACCUUUGCCAAUACGGAGGCAUUCAUCAAUGACAGCUCAGGGAGCCCUGGAGUCUCGGGGCCGGACAACGACACAGUAGAAAGCAGCGAAGAAGGGAAAGGAUCUUCAAGUGAUUCUAGCAAACUCACUGUAAAAAAGCCACGUCCUAAAGCUUCUUCUCCAAACAGACAAGGACCUCAGAAAUGUCCAAUUUUAACCCAGCAAUUGAUGGUAUGCAAUAAAGUCUUUGGAAACGCUUCUGCACUUGCUAAACACAAACUGACGCACAGUGAUGAAAGGAAAUAUGUGUGCACCAUGUGUGGAAAAGCAUUUAAAAGACAGGAUCAUUUAAAUGGUCAUAUGUUGACACAUCGGAAUAAGAAACCUUACGAAUGCAAAGCUGAAGGCUGUGGGAAGUCAUACUGCGACGCCCGUUCCCUCAGGCGACACACGGAAAAUCAUCACGCCGGCAUCACAUCCAACCAUACACUUUCACCGGCCAACAGGGAUGACGGGUCGCCUCAAAGUUGCAUACAGUAUGCCCCACCUCCGUCAUACAGCAGCCCCGCACCACCAGCCUCAUCGGGCAGUACCGUCAACGGACAAACCAAGCCUGUGUCGCAGCUUCAACAGCUUCUAGCCAGCGAACCUGCAAACACUGUCCCUUUUGGUUCGAGAUCUUCUAACAGCCAAAACAACAAUGAUGGCCUUACAAAACAGCAAAUUGAUCUCAUUCAUCAAAUUAUGCAGCAGACUCAGCAUCAAGCCGUGACAACUACAGCUUCAACUCACCCAAAAUGUCCAUCUGCUUCCAGCAUAACUUCAUCUACGACUAGCUUAACAAAACAGAAAAAUUGGACUGUCCAGACAUCUACUGUACCUCCGAAGUGUGUGACCACUUCUAAGCCAGUUGAGUGCAACCUUUGCCAUCGUAAGUUUAAAAACAUUCCUGCUCUUAAUGGACACAUGAGAUUGCACGGUGGCUAUUUUAAAAAGGACUCAGACACGAAGAAAUGUGAAAAAAAGGAUUUGUCUGGGCCGCCUUUGCAAACAGCAAGCAUCAGUGUUAGAGCAUUGAUAGAAGAAAAAAUUAUCCAAAAACGAACCAAUCCUUCUCAAAAUCAGAGCAUUAAUAUUGCCGCCCAACAAACAAGUGAUGAAAAACAUGGUACUGAAAAUACGAGCUUGUGUAACGGUAAUUCAACUGAUGCGGAAUCAAACACAAAAAAUUCUUCCUUCCUUGUUCCUACACCUUCUCUUUCUUCUAAAGAAAGGAUACUAGAAAAAUCAAUUGAGACCACCUCAUUAGAUAGUAACGAAUGUGGAAGAAAACUGGACGGAGCAGUGCAAAAGCCAAGCGUUGACCACCCGAUAUUGAAAAAAGCGCCCAAAUUAAGUGUCAAAAGGGCGAGUUCUGAUCCAGGAAUAAUGCAACCAUCAAUUAAUGAAACUUCUAGGCAACUUCAAUUAAAUCUAUCGACUGACCCAACUUAUUCACUAGGAGUGUACAGUGAAGAUGCUGGUUAUUUUUCCCCCACACUGCAAGAUGAUGUUUUUCAGCAGGUGGACUCAGUACAAGAAUCUAUGAUUUUACAGGGAGUGGAUCCAAGCCAGUUGGCUGAAUCAAUUCAGGCUGCCACAUUACACGAUAUUGCAUCAUUGGAGGGAUAUACAAGCCCAACAGAAAGCCUCUCGAGCCCUCAGUCAUUCCAACGUCAUCAAGAUCUUCAAAGUGUAUUAGAUUCUCCGUUGCCAAUUAGUUUAGCAGAUUUUGCUUACACACAUUCACAACAUACGAAUAAUGAUUCGGCGCUUCCGGUUCAAUCGCCAUAUGUUACAUCGCCCCUUCCUUCUCCUUGCUUUACUUAUCCAACACCUCCAGCAAGUCAAGAAGGGCAUUCACCAUCUUUUCCACCGAUGCAACCAGUAAUCCCUGGCAAUGUUUCUUCACCUUUAUCAGCUGCAUUUUAUACAACGACUAUGUCAAGUUCUGCAGCAGUGGAGGCUGCUCUUAAUGAAGUACUUCCACAGCACAACUACCCAUCGCCACCGCCUCAAUCUCCGACACCUGUUUCUUCACCCCUUUCGACUUCAGCCCCAUCAACUUCCCCUCUUCCUCACCAUCCAUUACAAUCACAAAUGAUGCCAAAUUCUGACGACCCAUUAUUAUCAAGCAGCCCUAAGGACUUUGCUUCGCGUAAAAAAUUUGAUUUUCACACUUUUAAACUUUUACAUAAUGGUACCUUCGACUUUGGUUCUGCUGGAACUCAAGGUGUGACAGGGAUUGUACUAGAUCGUAAUGGUGAAUUGAAAUUAAUUCAAACAUCUUGUUUUCAAUCGAUGAAAACAGGCUUAAUCAAUGGAACUACCAUCUACCUUAACACCAAGCGUAAAGCUGAAAAUAUUACAUCUCCUGAUAACAAAUCAAAAUUACUUAAAGCUAUAACUAUUCCGGCCAAGUCAAUAAAUAGCAAUAAGCUAUAUAAAGCCAAUGGUAUUCUAUUAGAGAACAAUAAGGAAGAUGCCAUAGAAGAAGAUGUAUUUUUAAGUCCAAGUAUUCCUACCAGCCCUCUACGUAUGGCUAGAAAGAGAUUGCGCCUUGAAAACCCUGCUUUUUCAAAACCACCAUAUCAUUCUCGCUUAAGAAAAGUCAGGAAAAGUGAACCAAAUGAACAACUUCCUUAUACACCAACGCCUCUUUUACCACCUACCCGUUACGGGCAAGGCCUUUACUGGCAAACUAUUGCAACUUCGCCAUGUCCAUCGACAGUAAAAGAAGAAGCUGAUGUGAAGGAAUUGUUGUAUGAGAGUGAUUCUGUACCUCAUAUUAAUAUUGGUCCAGAAUACCAAUGUAGCAUUCCUCCAUGCUUAAAAAAUAGCCAACUGGAUGCAGGAUUUGCUGAAGAUCAACUCCUUUGGGAAUCUUCUCUCAAUGAAAUGUCAAAUGAUUCUGAAAUUGACAUGUAUUUGGAGUUUGCAUGUUGCGCUGCAGUCCCUGGUGGAGGAAGGAAUAAGGAAUAUGCUUUACAUGUUUUACAUUUAUGUCACGGAAAAAUACAUGAAGCGAUGCUUAAACUUAUGCAACCGACACCGUGUUUGCCAGCUGAUCAUCCACUAUUGUCAUUCGAGUAUGCAGAUAGUGAAAGAUGGACAUCAAAUGAAAUGGAAGCUUUUCACCAAGCCGUUUUCAAAUUUGAUAAAGAUUUCAUUCUAAUUGCACAGGAGAUUGGUUCAAAAACUGUCCCACAAUGUGUUCAAUUUUAUUACAUUUGGAAGAAGGUGUGCCCAGAGGAUUACAAAAAAUUAAGAAUGGUUAGAAGAAGGUUUCGUGACAGUGAACGUGAAAUAGAAGUUCCUAAAUCAGAGAUUAAUGUUAAUGAUGCAGAACUAGUAUCGACAAGUUCCGAAAGUCGAUUAUUUGUAUGUGAAUAUGCUGAUUGCUCUGCAAGUUUUAAUUCCCGUGCUGCCCUUAAUGGUCACAUUAGAAUUCAUGUCGGAGGUACAAGUGGAAGAAGUCCUACGCCUGAUAAAAGGAGCGCAAACACUGGCCAGCAGAACAAUUGCGAGCCGUCAGAGGAAUUUCCAUGCAAGAUUUGUGGGAAAAUUUUUAACAAAGUUAAGAGUAGAAGUGCACAUAUGAAAUCUCAUAGACCUCCAGAUGCUGAAAUCCGUAAACCCAAAACAGAUUCUGCCAAAAUGGAAGGAACUGAACCAUCUUCUGGAAAAGGUGUCAAUUUAACUACCCCAAAUUCGACUCAGCGAAAUUCUUAAAGGAUGGCUGAGAAAAAUGUUUGCAGUUUGUAUCAGAAGGGCUUAGAAAGCACAAGGUCAAAAGAAACUGCAUUUGAAAUAUUUUAAUAAAUACAAAUUAAUGCAUGGUGAUCAGUUGGUUGUGUGUGUAAUUGCGUAAACAAAUCGAAAGACUGUAAGUCUGAUGCUUAAUUUAAUUCUUUACUAUUUCGAAACUUCGUCGAUGGUUGGUCUGCAUUCCAGAUUUAGAAAAAAGACAAUGUUUUUAAUAAUCAAAAUUUUAUGAAGGGAUAAAAUGUUUUUGACUAAGAAUGUCAUCACAAAACAACUUUCUUUGUGUAUAUAACUUAGUUUCUGAACUUUGUAACUUAUGAUCCACAUCUCUGUUAAUAUAUGUGAUUUAAAAAUUACAUCCUUUAUUAUAUACAUAGAAAAAUGGCUAUUAUUGAACAAUGAUUUGUAGCUCCCAAAAAUGAAUUAAAAUAUUUUAAAAAAUUCAAAGGUCGUG